AUGGCCGGCAACUCACUUGGAGGCUUCCAUCCGGAUAUCACUGCCACGUUACCUUCUCUGCAUAGCCUCAACAUGGCCUACAAUAAUAUUGAAAGUAUUCCACUGGUAUUACCGCCUCAAUUUUAUCACCUGAUAUUUCUGAACAUUUCGGGAAAUUCACUCAGCUAUCUACCCGACAAUCUCUCCUACCUUCUACCCAAUUUGAAGGAGCUCGACUUGUCAAACAACGAUUUCUCGACGCUCUCACUAGCCGCCAGUAACUACAUCGAUCAACUGGAACGAGUGCAUCUUGGAGGCAAUCCAUGGGACUGUUCUUGCUCCAUUCAACACAUUCAACAACAUAUGCGCGAUCGUUAUGCGAUGAGACACAUUCUACGAUAUCAUGACGCUCGAUGUGCCGAGCCACCUCUUGUCAAGGGACAGCCACUUCUCAGCGUCACCGAUAUCAACGAGUGUGCGGUACUCUUUGGUGCUCGAUACGGUCUUUCACAGACCAGCGAGCUAUUCAUACUUCUUGCUGCACUACUCUCGGCAGCCAUAGUGCUAUCCAUUCUGCUGAUUGGUUUAUACUUCCUGAGAGAGCGACAAUACAAGGGUUCCUAUGUAACCCGGGAACAUUCACGAACUCCCCUCACAAUGGCACAUCAUGUCAGUUGUUCGUCGAGUACUAGUGGAGCAAGUGAACCGUUAACGCCACCAAUGCCACCUCCUCCACCCAAGGCAACAGCCACCUAUUUCGGUAUAUAG